AUGACUGAAGAAGUCAAGGAGGAUCUCGGGGCAAUGCGUAAGCCAUAUUUCACGCCCGAGACCUUGUUUCUCGAAGAUGAGCUAGUCAAAGAUCCUAUUCAGCAAUUCAAAAUUUGGUUCGACGAGGCGAAAGCACAUUCGGGGAUCCGCGAAGCAAACGCUUGCUGUCUCGCCACGUGCGGCGCCAACGGAUAUCCGAGUGCGAGAAUCGUUUUGUUGAAGGGCUUCUCCAAUGAGGGUUUCACGUUUUUUACGAACUACAAUAGCCGAAAAGCCCGUGAACUGGCGGAUAACAACAAGGCAGCAAUGACAUUCUAUUGGGAACCCCUGGUUAAGCAGAUACGAAUCGAAGGACGAGUCGAAAAAAUUCCUGAGCAGGAUUCGGAAGAGUACUUCCUCUCGCGACCUUUGGUGAGCAAGAUCGGGGCCUGGGCUUCUCCUCAGAGCCAACCUGUGCCUGACAGAGCUUACCUGGAUACGCGAGUAAAGGAAUUUGAGACGAAGUUCGGAGAUCAAGUGCCGAAACCGGAGCAUUGGGGAGGAUAUGUGCUGCGGGCCGAACGAGUUGAAUUCUGGCGCGGGCAAAGCAGUCGUGUCCAUGAUAGGAUCAGGUUCAGGAAGCCUGAAAAGGAUGAGAAAGUUGAUGGUGUUCUCGUGCACCCGGGUUUACACGACUGGGUGUAUGAGCGUUUGGGUCCGUGA